AUGGAAGAUAUUACCUACGAGACUAUAGUUUCGCGCAAGAAAAAUAGGAAAUAUAUCUUCAUUCUGAUAGCCCUAAUCUUAUCUUGCUUUAUUGGUUAUCUUCUCUAUUUCUUAUUCUCUAAAAAGAUUCAAAUUCCUGUCAACUACAAAGAUCCAUAUCUUCCUCCACCAAGGAAAUUUAUGGUUAACUCAAGUUAUUUACUACCAGCCUGGAAUCAAUUCGAUAGAGGCACGUGCUGGGCCUUUUCUUCAAUUUAUCUUCUCGAAUCUCAAUACAAGCACAAUGGAAUCAUGAAAGGUUUCUUGAAUGAUACUGAGUACGUUGGCUUCUCUCAGGAUGCACUUGCGAAGUGGAUGGUUGAUAAAUGCAAGAAAUAUACGAAAGCAGUGCCCUGCUUAUCAGGUUUAAGGAGACGUGGACACGCUGAUGGUGGAUCCAUCGAAGAAUUUAUUACAUUCUACGAAUACUUUGAUGAUUUCAAAACUUCAGUUCUUCCGAUUUCUGCUUGCCCAUACAACGAAUUACCAAAGGAUGAAAUGAAGUGUCCUAAAUACGAUAAGGCAAUGGCAUCAAAUCCUAUCAAAUUCAAGCUUAGUGGCGGAGAAUUGGGAAUUGGCAUCGAUAGAAUCAAAGAUUUACUCUACAAGUACAGAUACCCUCUUUCAUUCUCAUUCCCCAUGCCUGUGUCUCGAUAUUACUUCGAAUGCGAUCAAAAUCCAAUUAUCAAAAAUACUUCGAUCUGUACAGAGCAUUUACUCGAAUGCCCACAUGAUAAUACAAAGUACUGCUCAUUCCUCGAUUACCAGAUCUCAAAACCAAACACAGCUGAAAUGAUAACUCAUUAUACAGAUAAUUUGGUUUACGGAGUUGGCCACGCCAUGGUUCUCGUUGGUUACAAUGAUGACCUUGAAGAACCGCUCAUGCUUAACAUCACACGUCGCAAACCAACGAAAGGAGCCUUCAUUUUACGAAAUAGUUGGGGAUCUCGCGGCCAUUCCAUCGAAUACUUGUACGGACUGAUUUCCCAUGAACAAGAGCAGAUGAUUUGUCCAAAUCCUGAUGAUGUUUCCAAAUGGACUCCAGUCACAAAAUCUUGUUUGGAAAAAACAGGCGAUGGAACUAAAUGUUCUACAGAUAUAACACGCCAUUUGGGUGGUAGAACAUUUACGGGAGGUUCCCUGUUGAAAUGCAUCAACAAAACCCAUUGUUCGGAAGGAGAAUAUUAUUAUCUUUUAAGAAAUGGAAAUUCAAAGUCUCCUGUUAUCAAAUUCCUUGAUUCUGGUGUACCAUGCGUUUAUAUCAUCAACGCACGGACACAAGAAGUCAAAUUAGUUGAUACAAUUCCAAUUGAGCACUUGUACUACGCAAUGAGACUGGUUGAUCCGCCAAGUAACUCUGAAAACCACUGUGGAUACGUCGGAUACUCAUACAACUCAAUUUCUACGAUUGAACAAGGAUUAUCUGUCAGAACUCCAACAUGGAGAGUUUUCCAAGUCAAAGCUGACUUCGAAGACUCAAGUUAUGAUAAGUCAGGUGCUUCUGGUGACUAUUCUUUCGUUAGAUCUUCAACAAAGUCACAUUCAAUAUUCAAACCAUCAGAUCCACUUGAAGACAUCGGCCUGUAG